CUUGAAGUUCACCUGCACUGCCGACUUAUCGUCUCUCCCUUUGAGCCACUCAGACGUAACUUUCAAACUUCCUCUGUUCUGUAAUGGAGGGUAUUAUAUGCACGAACUCAAACUAGAAUAGCUGCGAUCUGUUCCUGAAAUUGAGGACCGCGGCAACUAGGGAAGGCUCCGUUGAAAUGGGAGAGCACAACAAUCCCGAAUGUGUUGCAGUUAGUGAAGCACAAUCCCCUAGGGUAAAUAACUUCAAGAAAGUCUCAGUUCUGCCCCUUGUCUUCCUCAUCUUCUAUGAGGUAUCUGGGGGUCCAUUUGGUAUGGAGGACAGUGUUCAGGCUGCUGGUCCCCUUCUAGCGCUUCUCGGGUUCUUGGUCUUUCCAUUCAUUUGGAGCGUUCCUGAGGCCUUGAUUACUGCAGAGAUGGGUACCAUGUUCCCUGUGAAUGGGGGUUAUGUGGUUUGGGUUUCUUCGGCCCUGGGUCCAUUUUGGGGGUUUCAACAAGGAUGGUUGAAAUGGUUAAGUGGAGUCAUUGAUAAUGCUUUGUACCCAGUUCUGUUUUUGGACUACUUGAAGUCAGCAAUACCAGCUUUAGGCGGUGGACUUCCAAGAAUCGUGGCAGCGUUAGCUCUGACAUUGUUCCUCACUUACUUAAACUAUCGGGGUUUAACCAUUGUGGGAUGGGUUGCUGUACUUUUAGGGAUUUUCUCAAUCAUUCCUUUUGUGGUUAUGGGACUUGUGGCAAUUCCCAAGUUGGAGCCUUCAAGAUGGUUAGUGGUGAGUCUACAUAAUGUGGACUGGAAUUUGUAUUUGAACACUCUCUUUUGGAAUUUGAACUAUUGGGAUUCUAUAAGUACACUUGCCGGAGAGGUGGAGAACCAAAAGAAAACUCUCCCCAAGGCUCUUUUUUAUGCGUUCAUUUUGGUUGUUGUUGGAUAUUUCUUCCCCCUUUUAAUUGGUACUGGGGCUGUUCCACUUGAUCGUGAGUUGUGGACUGAUGGUUACUUCUCUGAUAUUGCAAAAAUUGUUGGGGGAGUUUGGUUGAGAUGUUGGAUCCAAGGGGCUGCGGCGAUGUCAAAUAUGGGGAUGUUUGUGGCUGAAAUGAGCAGCGACUCUUUUCAACUUCUUGGGAUGGCAGAAAGAGGGAUGUUGCCUGAGUUCUUUAGCAAGCGGUCUUGUUAUGGAACCCCAGUCAUCGGCAUUAUGUUCUCAGCUUCCGGAGUCCUUUUGCUAUCUUGGCUAAGCUUUCAAGAGAUUGUAGCUGCAGAAAACUUCUUGUACUGUGUUGGAAUGAUUUUGGAGUUCAUAGCAUUUAUACUAUUACGGGUGAAGCAUCCAGCUGCAUCGCGGCCAUUCAAGAUUCCUGUUGGAACAGUUGGAACCAUUUUUUUGUGCAUUCCGCCUACCCUGCUAAUUGGUGUUUUGUUUGCUCUUUCUGAACUCAAGGUUGUGGUUGUGAGUCUUAUAGCUAUAGUGAUCGGCCUUGUGAUGCAGCCCUGUCUCACAUAUGUUGAGAGGAAGAGGUGGAUGAAGUUCUCCAUCAGUUCUGAAGAUCUCCCAGAUCUUCAUGGUGCUAGUCAGGAGAGGGCCAACUCCUUUAUAGAUUAGUAAGCUCUCAAAAUGCUGUAUUGCAGUAUAUUUAGUGGAUAGCAAUAUGUUGUGCAAUAGCUAUUUAUCAUCUUUGUUUUUAGGAUGAUGAUAGAUUAAAAUGUGUGAUUAGAUUUCUAUAUAUCA